AUGCACUCGCAGCUAUUGUUCGCUUUUUCGGGCCUCAUGCUUGCAAGCAAUGUCGCUUUCGCGGCUGAACUGGAACGUGACGAUGUCCCCAAUCGCUGCUGGGAUGUGUGUGGUCCCGUGGUGGGCACUGCUUAUAGAUGCGAUGCCAUCAAUCACGACGACCGCGCCGAAAUGCAGUGCAUCUGUGACUGGAAGCAGGCACCCACUCUGAUCCCUAUCUGCGAGGCUUGCAUUGCGCAGUACCGUGGGGAUAGAAACAACCAAAAUGACCAAAACUAUAACCGUGAGCAUGAUCUUUAUGACGACGACGACGAUGACGACGAUGAUGACCGUGACGACAUCCAUGACCGUGACCCCCAUCACAAUGACGCAUAUGAUAUUCUUCGAUUCUGCUCUCUCUCCACCACGUCUUACAAUACAGCUGCCGCUACUUCCGCCUUGAGCAGGGCCUCUGUCUCCGGCUCCGCCACCGGCACUGCUACCAGCACCAAUGCGACGUCUACCGGUUCUUCUGGGCGUGGAGGUUCUGGAGGUUCUGGUUCCGGGGGCUCUGGCAGUUCUGGCGGCUCUGGCGCUUCCGGAGGUUCUUCCAACGGCGCCAACGGUACAGACGCGGCCAGCAGCACUAGCUCUUCCAGUAACGCGCAGGCAUCUAACAAUGUAGCCCCGGCUUCUUCGGCUCCUAAGGUGGUUUCCUUGGCUGCUAUAGUGGGCUUGGGCUUCCUUGCUUGGCUGUGA